AUGAUCGCCUCUAACCCCCUCAAUCUGGACCUCGAGUCCCUCCACGAGCCAUCCAACAUUGAGCACGCAGUCUUCUCUCUACUGGCAACAUAUCUCCCCGAAACCUCCUCCAUCACUCCAAACCAAGCAGCAGAACAGGUCAAUGCUCUAGUCCUUUCUCACCGCCCGGGACCAAAAGAAGAAAAACAGUCAACAGCCAGUUUUCUACUUGAGUUCUGGGAGUUAAUGUUCUGCAUCGCUCCACAGUUGGAUUACCAACAUGAGCCAAUGCAGCGCUUCAUUGCUCUCGUCGAAGCGUUGAGAAACUUGCCUGAGACGAUUGUUGUUCAGGAUGGGGGCAUUUACGAUGGUCAGCCUGUAUGGCGAGAUGGGCUUUAUUUCGGACCGACGCUGCAUGAGCGGUGGAAUCGAAUCCCUGAAAGCAACCCCCCGGAGGAUCUCUACGCCUUCCGCUGGCAUAAUUUGAACGGCCUCCUAGCUCACUUCACCAACCACAACCUAUGCACCAACGACUUCCGUGCCCUUGCUUGCAUAACCAAUGCCCUUGAGGAAUUUCGGAGAAAGAAACCCAAGACCCCGAUAAACCAUCGUGUGCCCGCUGCUGCCAUCUGGUUUGUUCUUUGUCCAUCGAUGAUCUACCUGGCUUGUCAGCGGCAGGAAUGUGCGGAUCGCAAGUUGUCUGGGGAACUUUGGAAGGGCGAGCCGCAGCAGGGGUACUCAAUUGCUCGGUGGAACUUUUGGAGGAAGAGGUUUGGGGAGGUGGAAUGUCAUUCAGAUGCUACAGAGGAGACCAAGGAGGCUUGCAGAGCUGCCAUAGAGGCGAUGGAUAGGUAUGCUGGUGGCGUUGAAUGA